AUGGAAUUCCCUAGCAUAGUACUGCCUAUAACUAAGAAUAUGUGCCGAACAUGUCUUGCUGAAUCUGAUUGUACAUUGUUCAUGAGCGUUCAAGAUUUAAUAGAUCAUGAAAUAUACAAAAUCAAACUUAUUGAUAUAUUGAUUUUUUUAAAUUGUGUAGAGAACAAUGACGAGGAAAACUGGCCGCAAGGGAUGUGUACGUCGUGUGUUAAUACAGCUUUGCUUUCAUACAAUUUCAAAAUUAACUGUUUGAAAACUAACUUAACAUUGUCUCAAAUAUUUACCAUUCAGUCUACAUCUUCAACUUCGCAGCGUUCUGACAUAGAUUCUAUUGACAUAAAUGUUGUUUAUCAAGAUCAUGAAUAUGAUACACCACUUUUUAGUAAUCAUACAGUUCUUGAUUUUGAACCUCAUGUACCUAUAAACAAAGAAUUGACCCCUUUGCCUCCUGUAACUGAAAUAACAUCUACCGAGCGUCCACCAAGAAAAGAAGGUGAAAAAAAGUACUCAUGCACUCAGUGCUCUAAAUCAUUUACAAGAAUUUGUGGAUUACGAUACCACAUGGCAAAACACACAGAUGUUCGUAGAUUUUUAUGUCCUAAGUGUGGUAAAUGCUUUCAUAUGGCAAAUGGGUUGAGACAGCACUUAUUAUCUCACAAAGAAAUUCCACAAUUUAAAUGUGGCUUUUGUAAUAAGACAUAUAAAUCUCGCCAGUCUUUGAAAGAACAUUUUCGAGUUGCCCAUUCAAGUAACCGUAAAUUAUUUGUUUGUGUAACAUGUGCAAAGAGAUUUACUGCGAAAUCUACUUUGAUGAUGCACUUAAAAAGCCAUAAUGGUGAAAAACAAUAUGUUUGUCCCCAUUGUCCUAAAACAUAUACAAGGGCAUCAUACUUGCGAGCACAUAGUUUAAUUCAUCUAGGCCAACAGAGACCAAAACCAUUUAAGUGCAAGUUUAAAGAUUGCAGCAGAAAUUUCUCAACAAAAUAUUCCCUAAGUGUACAUGUUGCACAUACUCAUUCAACUGAAAGACCCCAUAAAUGUGAUUUAUGUUUAAAAGGAUUUGCUACUUCAUCUGGCUUAAAAAUACACAAGGAAUCUCACACAAAUACAGAAGUUUGCUGCAACAUUUGCAAUAAAAAAUUUGUCAACAAAAGGGUCUUACAAAAACACAUGAAAGUUCAUGAUGUUAAUGAUAAUAUAAUUUUAGAAACUGUGGUGGAUUUUUUCAAUGAAUGA